AUGGUCAUGAUUGUCAAGGCAGCAGUCAUGAAGGAUACUGUAAGAAGAAGGGACAAUCGAGCCAAGCAAAUUUGCAUGGAAGAGGACGCAGUCGAGGAAGAGGCAGCCAAUCAAUUUACUCCAACAUUCAGUGUUACAAAUGUCACAAAUAUGAGGGGCAUUUUGCAAACAAUUGUCGAGUCGAUAAAAAGGUGGAAAAAAACAAUCAACCUAGCCUUGGAUGACACAACAAACGAAGGUCUUCUCUUGAUGGCUCAAAAUGAAGAUCUAAAAGCGAAAGAACAUGGCGAAGAAAAAGAUGAUGGCCGUAGUUGUGAAGCGGUGGAAGCCAUUGGAAACGAGGGGAUACACAGCAGAUUUGGCAAAAUCACGAUAUUAGAGACAAAAAAAUCGAAGAAGGAAUCUAGAUUGAACACACAAUCGACGAACGAGCCAAAGAAACUUCCAAAUCAUCAGAAGGAGAAUAGAGAUUUAGAGCAACAACCAAAAUCUGCCGCUAAUAAAUUUGUGGAGAAGUCUCAGUUGCAGACGUUGAAAUUCCUGAACGAGCGCCUUUUGAAGGAGAAAGAGAAGGAAGAGAAUGAGAAGAAGGAUAAAUUGAGUGCAAAGGAUUAUAUAAUUGAGAAAUUAGCUGAUGAUGAUGACAUAAAAAUGCUUGAAGAGUUGGGUCAAUAUACUCUAGAGGCAUUAAUUAUUCACGUUCUGGGAAUUGUUUUCAACACAUAUGAAAGUAUGGUUUGUGCAGCUUCUUUAAUUAAUCAACUCGACUCUUCUGUACGUACACAUUCUAGGUUAUUAAAAUCCCACUCCUCUAAAAAGAGCAUUUCUAAUGUUCAUAUGUCUGAUAAAAUGGAAAAGUCUGAGACUUUUUCCUUCGGUGUCUUCUUACUCGAGUUUAUAGAGGAGCGGGGAUUGGUAAGUUCUAUUACAAUGGAAUCCUUUGGUAGUGGUGUUAAGAAAAAGUCGAAAGGUGGCUAUUAUUAUGAAAGCAAUCUAUUCAUUGUCUGUAAUUUUGAUGUUACUUUACUUCCCAUCAAGCUCAACCUUCCUAUGAUAUGCCCACCUCUUGAUUGGAUGAGUGCGUGUCCGCCGAAUCAAUCUCCUAGAUAUCUCUCAGAUCUAUCAGGGGGUUACCUAAGUGGACCGACUGGUGAGAUUUAUGAUCGUUACCGCUUAUUAUGUUCUGGUGACCUAAAUCACUUUUAUAUAUAUAUAGGUUAUUCUUCUUAUUAUAAGAAUGAUUACAAGUCUAUGUGUAAAGUCAUGAAUGCCCUGCAGCGUCAGCCCUUUACAAUCAACCGUGAUUGGUUGAACCAUUUAAUGGAAAAUGAAGACUAUUUUGUUGACGAUGGUCUUCUUAUGCCACAAUUUCUGGAAACGAUGAAUAUCAGAGAUGUUAGCCCCAUUCUUAGAGAUUUCCACAUGAAGGAUGAGGAAAUAUACAAUGAAUUUUCCUUUAACGAUUUGUUACAUACAGUGAUUAAGACUAUCCAGCGUUCACGCUAUGAACGAUUAAUUCUCAAUCUCGCAAGAGCCUACGAUGGCUAUAAAUUUUAUCUACCCGCCUUUCUUGACUUCAGAGGUAGAAUUUAUCGCUGUGGUAUUUUGCAUUUUCACGAGUGUGAUCUUGCACGAAGCCUGAUUGUGUUUGCUGAUCAUAAUCAUCAGAAGGAGGAGAUAAAGUUGGAUUUUAUCAACGAUUUUAAUAACAAAGACAAUAAAAUUAUAUCUCAAAACAUAACGUUGGCUAAACGGCCUUUUCAGUUUGCAGCCAAUAUUUAUGCAAUGCUAAAUCACAAAUUUCAGUUUUUAAAAGACUUUGUCCCUAUUACCCAGGACGCUGCAUCAAGUGCAUAUAAGAUUAUGAGUUACUUUUUAUUGGAUGAGAGCCUGGCUGAGAGAACAAAUCUCUUCCUAUCUCUGGAUAAUCCAAAUCAAAUCCAAGAUGUUUAUUUGUACUUCCUCGCUGAGCUCAAGGAGUUCAUGAAAGAAGAACUUGAUCCAAAUUUAUGUUCGGUUGUUUGCAAACACCUCUCUCGUAAGAUUGUUAAAUCAAUCUUUAUGCCAAUUAUCUAUGGAAAAACUGUAAUGAGCACAUCAACCGAUCUGAUGGUACAUUUCUCUCAACACCUUACGAGUAAGGAAUGCUUCAAUGUGGCCUCUGUCUGCUUUAAGUUCUUCAAAGAAAAAUAUCCAGGAAUGGAAUGCCUGAUCAGGUUGAUACGUCUUAUAGGCUGGGUCGCGUCUUCUAGGGAUAGUGCUGUUAAAUAUAAUGUUAGUUACUUUACAAGUGUUCAGGAUUAUAUGAAAAUGGAGUCAACUUAUAUAUGGGUAUAUGACCGACUUCAUAAGAAGAGGCGUCGGGUUACUCUCCGAGUGUCUUCUUCUAAGAGAGAUCGUUGGAAGACAGAGAUCUCUACCUUCGUCAAUUUCAUCCAUCAGAAGGAUGCCUUUAUUGCUAUGAAAGUAGUUGAAGAAAUGCUGAAUUGUAAUGCUCCUGUCCACGACAACUUUAUAACAACUGUUGAGAAAAGCCGAUUUAUUCCAAUGGCUUAUCUCGAAAUCUUUCAUAGCUUGGGCCCUCCACUUUCAAUCAUUAACAAGUUCAUCUAUAUAAAUGUUAUUGAAAAUCUUAAAUGUAUAAAUUCAUUUGAUUACGAAAAUCAUGUUAUUUCCAAGGAAUAUCUUACUGAAUUUAAAAAUAUUCCUGAGAAUAUAAGUAAGCAGAACCAGAUUCUUUGGGAUAAAAAGAUAAAUGAAAUAGUCACUUGUUACAGUCACUAUGUGAAAAAAAAAUAUGCUGAAGUAUACGACGGAGAUUAUAUAGUUCGACUCAUGAUCCGAGUCUAUAUGGACAGCAAAAAGAAGGAAGAGGAUAGGCCUUCUCCCUCUGAGGAGGAGAGAUAUAACACACUUUCUUCAAUCAUUGAAGGAAAAUUGAGUGAGAUCGAGGAGCCUAUUACUGCAAGAAAGAUCAAACAUGAACUAAGGCAAUUGAAUUUUCCUGUUCUACACAUUGUGAAAGAAGGAGUUAAUCCUCAUAAGGCAUGUUGGGUAAUAGGCUUUCCCACUCAAGGAGUUAAUCCUCAUAAGGCUUGUGGGGUAAUAGGUAUUCCAACUCAAGGAGUGAAUCCUCAUAAUUGA